AUGUCGCAGGCUGUGCGCAUCCGCACGGAAAAGCCCCCGGUUCUUCGUGGUCCUAAGCGUCGCUAUGCCAAGACGACGCCUACGACCCCCUUCCCCGGGUUUAUCCCCGGUGCGUCGUUUGAUGCCGCUGCCCCCUCCAGGCGGGAGGCGUUGCAGCAGUUCCAUCGCCUCGAGAUGAUGGUAGAGGUGGAAGAGCGACUGCGCGCGGAGAAUGGGCUGGUGCUGUCCGACACGGGAGGUGUGUCGGACGACGACUACCCAGUCUGCGAAAACACAACUGCAGAGAAGUCUGGGGAGGGGUCCGCCGCGGCUGCCGCUCUGCAUGAUGCUCGGGAAGAGAUUGCGGGCCGCACACUGCACGCGGAUCCGUAUUGUAAGGAAAAUGUUUGGUCAGAGGCCCGGCGGGAGUGUCAGCUGGAGGGGGGUCAUAGUUCGGGAGAGGCUGCGGAUAUGCACUUUGCUACUCGGGGCAACUUUAUAGAAGAAGAUGGCGCGCUCGAGGGUGACACCCAUGCGGCCAUCAUGGCGGAUCUCGGGAGGCUGCACUCGCGCCUUCAGCAGGCACGAAGCCGGCACGCGCGUCAUUUGACUCCGCGUCAGCGUGGGCAGCCGUCGCCGUUGGGAGACGGUGCUGCAGCAGCGUCAGUGACUAGUGACGAUUCCGUUGUCUCUAGCGAGGAGGCGGAAUUUGACCCAGAGCGCUAUGUGGCACCGCUGCUGCGAUGCACGCAUCUCGUGGAAGGCGCCGAUUUGCGUACGCCGGAUUUUGGAGGCGAGGACGGAGGCGUGGCCCGGUUUCGGGCCGUUCGUGACGCUUUGCCGGGCGCCACAAGUGUGCAGGAGGCGCUGCGGCUCUUGCAGUACAGUGUCCACUCUAACCGCCCGGAGGUGGCGGCGUGCGUGCGGCGGUGCCAGGAGCAGCGGCGGCAGCAUCAGCCGACGGCAGCCGUGGCGAACCUUCUGACGGAGGAGGCAGCGGAGCCGGAGCCGCCGAAGGCGGCGAGGAAGGCAACACGUGGGCGUGAGGAAGACGCGGCGGCGGCUUCUCGAUCAGACCCGCCACCCUCCGCGGCUGCAGUGGCGGCGAUGGUUGCAAGGACGCUUCCACGCAUACCAGAUGAAUUGCGGGACGAGCUCGUGGAUCAGCGGAGGCUACUUGAGCGACUCGCCGCGGCGCAGGAGGCGAGCCUCCGUCAGCUUUCGCGUGAGCAGCAGGAGGCGGCACGGCGACGCAUCAUGGCACCACGUGCCGACCCCACUUUGGCGCUACUCGCUCCACCAAAGCUGCGGCGGGCGGAACCGUUUGAAAUCGCGGAGGCACUACAGAAGAUUCAGGACGAUCCAAAGCGGCCGCUACCGCCGGUCAUUACAAUCUCAACGAUGCGACCCCAGACGCCGUUGGUGCUGCCGCCGACGCCUCCUUCCUUGCCACCCCACUAUAUUGAAGAAGAGUUGGGGCGACUUCACUGCCAGUAUGAGAGGCUCCUGCGCGACGAGCGUCGGGCGUGGACAAAUAUCAUGCAGGAGCAAAGGAAAGCUUUCGAACAAGAAAAAAAUGCGACGAUCCAGACACUGCGGUAUGCUGCUGUGCGGCAACAGCAUGAGAACACGGAGGAAAUAAAGCGGGCUAUUGCUGCACAGGAACUGAAACGGCGUCGGUGGCAGCACGCUGCGGAGCUUAAACAACGUUCGGCAUUCCAGCAGAUGCUAUAUAAGGCCCUGCCUCCAGGCGAGGAUGGGCUUGGGCGUGUGGUAGGAGGAAGGCGAGCCGUGGCCGCCACAGCCAUGCCAGCCAGACGUCAGCGUCAGCAGCAGUUGGCAGACGUCUCAGAGGAUGAGGAAGACGCCGCAAAUAAGUUUGAAAACGAGGAAGGCGAAAACAGCAACGACAACAACACGACGAACAAGAAACGAGAUUUGAGGCAUCCCAUUGUCACCGGGCCUUUUUCUGUUGUCUUGCCAGAGGAGCCAUGCGGUGAGGCGGCUGCACCGGCCCAUAAUGCUUCAUCGCAGCGGGCGGAGGAAGUCGUGCUGCUGUCUGACAAAGAGGAGAGGGGUGCGGGUCACCACCAAACCCGUGGAGACGCAAAGGUUGGUCUACAUGCGUCCACCGUUAAACGACGAAUUGGCGUCCCCUCACCCGCAGGAAAUCGCGAGAAGUUUCCACGACCACAACGCUCACCGUAUGCGGCACCUCCCAGGCGUCCUCUGAGGGCGGGGGCAGCUCCAGGCAGUAAGUCCACCGCCGCCCUGCACCACACACGUGCGUCACCACGCUCUCGCAAUGCAAGGUCACAGCAUCAGUCUUUUAGCAGAAGAUCAGCUGAGGGAUCUCCGUACGCCUUUGCAGUGCAUGACGCCCCGCCAAACACGGAACAGAGGUUUUACAACACGGCUGAGACUGUUCUCACGGACUCGAUUCAUUCAUUAAAUGCAACACUGCCGCCCUCCUCUGUAGCUUCCGCCGUGGGUGGUUGCCCGCACCCUUUUGAAAACAUUCCCAGCAGGGGCGAGGCGUCUGCCGGGCAAGCGGUGUUCCCAGGCAGCAUCUUGUUGCUUUCGAAUCCGCUGACGGCCGAGGAGGCGGAGAGGCGGCGCGGUGUUGCGCGCGCCUUCGAUGUCUCCCUCCCGCCCCCGCCACAGGUCACUACGGCGGAGGGGGGAAAAGAAAUGCAGCGUCCAUGCGACGUCUAUUACUUUGGCGAAGAAGCCGCAGCCUUGACACCGCGUCGACGGGCGAGGCUUCGGGCGGCGGAGGCCCGGACACGCAUAGAAGCAAGACGCCGUCUAGAGCGUAUUAAGGCCCUCUCGUUGACGUCGCCCGGCCAGAAACUCGGAGAAUCUCGACCUUCUUUUACGGAGAAGUUUUUGGCUGCCGAGGAGAGUGAGCAACGCCUGACGGAUCUCAUUGCCAGUGAGACCAUUCACAGCAUUAUCGGGGAUGCGGCUGAGGCGAGCCUGUUUGCUGCUUUGAUUAACGAGCUGGAAGAUGAGCUCGUGAGCGCCGAAUUGCACCACCUCACAUCCAAGAAUUUGGAAGGGAACGAUGAAGCUGCACGGCGGCCGCAAGCGAAUGAAAAGGAGGAGGAUGGAAAGGGAGAUGUAAAUGCCCCUGAUACGGUGCCAGUGGAGCGCGUGGCGGCGACGUUGCACACCUUUGCUGCCCCCAUCAAUGAGGAGUACUCUUUGCAGGGAACCGUCUUGCGCCUUCUGGAGGAGUCCUUGCUGCAGUUGUGCCUACGGCAGACCUCGGCGGAGGAGCCUAAGGAGGAAAAGACGCAGGAAGAAGCAGGGGAACGAGGGGCGGGGGAGGUGGUUCCAGAGAGAGAGCAAACGGCACUGGCAUCUGACGCUCUCCCCGAAACGGAGAGGGAGCCGUUGUGGGUGCGGGAGGUUGUUUCUGCCACCACCGACCCUCUUUGGCGUGCACCGGAGGGAGAGGCGAGCCCGCCGUGUGCGUCGUCCGUCCCAGCGGCGACGCUGACGACGACCAGUGGAAAGGAUCGUUUAUCAUUGCCACCGCCGCCCUCCAUAAACGCAACGGCAACACAGUUGCCGCUGCUUGCUGCUCCGCAGAAGGAUGUUGUGUUGACGCUGGAGGGCGCCAACGGCAGCGUUGUGCCGGAUGUCACUGGUACCCUUCGCAUUGUGCUUGACAUUGCCCCCGUCAUGGAGCAGCUGGCUGCUGUCGCACUGCCGGCUGCGGUGCAGCCAGCCAGCCCCGCACACGGUGGCGCUCUGGCGAGCGAAGCACGGCAGAUGCCGUGUGUCAUGGAGGAUGAGAUUCUCUCCUGUGAGGUGGUGGAGCCUGCAGUUACCAGAACUACCCAUGACUUACCGGCGACGAAGGAGUUAAAGAGCGAGGAGCUGCAGGAGGUGAAGCCGCCUCCCCUGGUUUCCAGUACUCCACAAGGAGAACUUCCUCUUCCAGAAGGCGUUGUGGCAGUCACGAAGGUUCCUAAUGCACGUCAGUCUCUCUACAUUGAGCUUGAGCAGCAACGCGAGCGUGCUCGACUGUCUGACAAUGAGUUGUUGCAACGGCAGAUGCUGGAGGAACAAGAGGAGGCAUUGCGAAGCUCUUGGCACAUGAUGUGGGAUUGGCAGCAGAUGAAUUUCGCGAUACUCAAUCAACAUCGUGAUCAGCACAACCUGUGUGUUUCGGCGUCGCAAUCCGUUGCCGUCGCCGCGCCCCACAGAGAGGCAGAGGCCGUGGCGAACGACGACGAGACUCGUGGCAAGGAAGUUUUGCCGCCAGUUCCGUCUACCUCCACAAUCCGUGAUCCCAUUACAAGGUUUAUCUUUGAGUGGAUGCACGAUUACGACAAGAAGGAGGAGGAGAAGCCAGUGCGAAGGAGUUUUGUGGAAAUGCUGCACGAGGCGAGUCACAUGGCAAGGGAAAGCGCGUUGCAGGAGGGAAGCGAUGGCACGUCUAUGGCCGAGAUGGAUCUGCGUCGGCGGUUGCUCAUGGAGCUCGACAACGCCGACUCUUCCUCGUGGCUUUCCAGCACUCACGCGAGCAGCAUCGCCUCGGACGGGUUCCCGCGCUUUACGACUCGUCCACAACACAACGUGGCACGGCCGCGACGCACGUACCGGCGCCGUGACGAGAACCCGUCAUCUGCGACGACGGAAACUACACGCUACACGAGCUCCUCCUCGACGCCGUGGACCGCGCAGGAGCCAUGGGGCGGGGGAGUCUCUCCGCCCCAGAAGGCGGUGGUGCGCAAUCCCACCAGCACGACGGUGACGACGACGUCAAGCUCCGGCCGUACCUGGUUUUCGACGAGUUCUUCAGAGAGGCCGCAUCUUAGCGACACCAUGCUGCGCCGUCUCCGCCAAAUACGGUCGUCGGAUCCCUCCCCGCAAGAAGAGGAAGAGGAGGAGGGUCAAAGCCGCGAAUACAACUCCGUGGAGGAGCUACGGCGGGAGGUGGAAAGGAUCCAGGCGGCGCAGCAGAAAGCUGCCCAGUAG